CAAAUGGCAGCGGUGAGCGCCUCUCCGGCCCUCCACUCACUGCCUUUCCUUCUCCUGCUCCUCGUCGCUGCCGGCGAGGCCACCAUGUUAAACAUCACCAACCGAUGCUCCUACACCGUGUGGCCGGCAGCCAUGCCCGUUGGCGGUGGCGUGCAGCUCGACCCGGGGGCGACGUGGACCCUCAACGUCUCCGGGCUCGCCUCCCACGGGCGCGUGUGGGCGCGCACGGGCUGCUCAUUCAACGGCAGAGGCAACGGUUCAUGCCAGACGGGCGACUGCGGCGGCAUGCUCGCCUGCAAGGCCUACGGCCGCCCGCCCAACACGAUGGCUGAGUUCACAAUCGGCCAGUUCAACAACACCGACUUCUUCGACUUGUCCUUCGUCGACAGCUUCAACGUGCCCAUGGACUUCCUGCCAGUGCAGGACCAGGGAGGUCCAGGGUGCGGCAAAGGGCCACGCUGCGCUGCCAACAUCACAUCGCAGUGCCCAAGCGAGUUGACAGCCCCUGGGGGUUGCAACAACGCGUGCACUGUGUUCAAGCAGGACAGGUACUGCUGCACCGGGAAUGCAGCGUACAAUUGCGAACCCACCAAAUACUCGUUGUUGUUUCAGCAAAUCUGCCCGGAUGUCUACGAUUACUCCAUGGAUGCUGACUGGAAGAAGACGUUCACUUGCCCGUUGGGGACCAACUACCAGAUCGUCUUCUGCCCAUCGAUCAAUCUAAAUACUUCUUUGCCAAGCACGGGAUCGUCGUCAUCCAGCAAACGGCGCAUUGGUCUGAUUCUAGGUACUGUGGUCGGUUUCAUCUUAAUUGCCGGAUUCCUCCUUUUUUUCGUGCAUAGACGAAGAACGCGACGACACCGGGAGAUGGAGGAAGAGGAGGAAGAGUUUGGGAAGCUACAAGGAACACCAAUGAGGUUCACAUUUCAUCAGUUAGAAGUAGCAACCGAGCAGUUUAGAGACAAGCUUGGCGAAGGAGGGUUUGGUUCUGUGUUUGAGGGACAGCUUGGUGGGGAAAGGAUUGCAGUAAAACGUUUGGAUCAAGCAGGUCAAGGAAAGAAAGAAUUCUCAGCAGAGGUUCAGACGAUCGGCAGCAUCCACCAUAUCAAUCUGGUGAAACUAAUUGGUUUCUGCGUAGAGAAAUCACAUAGGCUCUUGGUAUACGAGUAUAUGCCCAAAGGAUCCUUGGACAGAUGGAUAUAUUGUCACGAUGAUAAUAUUGAUCCUCCCUUGGAUUGGAGCACGCGAUGCAAGAUUAUCACUCACAUAGCUAAGGGUCUCUCUUAUCUCCACGAGGAAUGCACGAAAAGAAUUGCUCAUUUAGAUGUUAAACCACAAAAUAUUCUCUUAGAUGACAACUUCAAUGCCAAACUUUCUGAUUUUGGAUUAUGCAAGCUCAUUGAUAGGGAUAUGAGCCAAGUAGUUACUCGAAUGAGAGGCACACCUGGAUAUUUAGCUCCAGAAUGGUUGACCUCACAAAUCACAGAAAAGGCUGAUGUCUAUAGCUUCGGCAUUGUUGUAAUAGAAAUCAUCAACGGAAGACAGAAUCUCGACCCUUCCCGGUCCGAAGAGAGCAUGCAUCUUAUUACCCUUUUGGAAAAAAAGGUGAAGCAUGAUAACUUGGUAGAUAUGAUUGACAAGACCAGUAAAGAUAUGCAAGCACACGAGCAAGAUGUAAUUCAGAUGAUGAUGCUCGCGAUGUGGUGUUUGCAAAUUGAUUGCAAAAGAAGGCCUAAAAUGUCCGAGGUAGUCAAGGUCUUGGAAGGUACCAUGAAUGCAGAGAGCAAUAUAGAUCAUAACUUUGUUGCAACGAAUCAAGUGAAUUUCCGCAUUGCUGACAAUGCAGCUUCUUCAGUUCCACCUCUAGCCUCACAUGUAUCAGGCCCCAGGUGAAAUGAGGCAAUCCUGACAACAUAGGCAAUUAGA